UUUGCAAACCAACAUGACUCGCUCACAUUGCGAGCAUUUCGAAUUGUUGUGUGCUUUGCAGCCUUUACCCAGUCCGAACGAGUAAUUGUUGCUCUUUGACGAGUGCUCGGCAAAAUAAAUUCCUAAACCACCAUGAACGACGGCAAUUAUUCUGAAGAUUGGGUUAAUGGCUACCAACUGACACUUUUGGACAAGAGCAACGUGCAUGCGUCAUGGGCACGGCAGAAAAUGGAAAACACGAUUGUGGAGCACAAUGGUAAAAAGAUUGCAGGCUAUGAAAUACUCGAGGUUUACCAAGUAAAGAACUCGGAUUUGUGGGAGAAGUAUUGGAAUCGACGAGACCAGAUUAGGAGAGAAAUUGGAGGCCGAGUGAAAGAAGCUAGACUUUUCCACGGCACUAAGCAUGCAUAUAAAAUUACGGAAGAUGGCUUCAAUUUGAAUUUCGCAAACGAUAAAGGAAUGUUUGGCAAAGGUAUAUAUUUUGCUGAUUUGUCCUCGAAGAGCAAUCAGUAUACAUUUGAGGGUUGCAAUACGCCAUGCGCUCCGCACAAGAAGACGUUUUGCACUGACUGUGAACGGUUCAUGCUGAUCUGCCGAGUGGCUCUGGGCAAGGAAUAUGAACCCAACGCACCUAUGAAUGGAAUAUCUGCCCCUCCCUCAGGGUACCACUCGAUUUUGGCGGAUCCCUCGCGCAAACUGGUUAAUUACAGAGAGUAUGCUAUUUAUAAUAAUUAUCAGGCUUACCCAGGCUACUUGGUGAAGUACAAAGUGAAGAACUGAAUUGUUUUAAUUUCUUAACCAAGCACAAUAAUCUUGGACAAUUUAGUUCACAAAUCAACUACAAUAUUUAUGUAAAUUAACCAAGGCAAUUUAUAUACUGUUCUUCCAAUCAAGUUAACGCCAGCUGAAUAAACCCAUAUCUGUUUUAAAA